AUGCUCUCUGAGUUUGCUGAGCUCUGGCAAGCCAUGAAAGGCGAACCCUCCGCCGCACCAGAGGCUGACCCUCGCUCCAUCGACGAGGAAGAACUCCAGGGGGACGUCGAUCGGCUUCGCUGGAAGUUGGACAUCGCUAUCGAGUCCGCGGACCACCAUGAAGAGACGCGGGAGACUAUCAGGGAAACUUUCAAUGAUCGGUGGGCCACAGCCACAACCGAGUGGAAGCAUUCCAAGGCGGGCCAGGCUUUCUUGAAGUCAUGGAGGGUCGGUCAUGAUAAGGCAACCAAGGAUCACGAAGCUGCCCAGCGCAAACAGACGAAGCUUGAGACUCAGCUUCAUGCGGCUAAGCUGAAGCUCAUGCGUUUCCAGGAGGAGUAA